AUGAAGAAGAAGGUGCUGUUGAUGGGGAAAAGUGGGUCUGGGAAGACUAGUAUGAGAUCCAUAAUUUUUGCUAAUUAUAUAGCGCGAGACACAAGACGUCUAGGAGCCACUAUUGACGUUGAACACUCCCAUGUACGGUUUCUUGGAAAUCUCGUUCUUAACCUUUGGGAUUGCGGAGGGCAGGACACGUUUAUGGAAAACUAUUUCACCAGCCAGAGGGACAACAUUUUCCGAAAUGUAGAAGUUCUCAUCUAUGUUUUUGAUGUUGAGAGCCGUGAGCUGGAGAAAGACAUGCAUUACUACCAAUCUUGUCUCGAGGCCAUUCUGCAAAACUCUCCUGAUGCCAAAGUCUUCUGCCUCGUGCACAAAAUGGACCUGGUACAAGAGGACCAACGGGAUCUGAUUUUCAAAGAGCGUGAAGAAGACCUCAAGAGAUUGUCGAGACCAUUGGCAUGCACAUGCUUUAGGACCUCUAUCUGGGAUGAAACGCUGUAUAAGGCAUGGUCAAGCAUAGUGUACCAGCUUAUUCCCAAUGUGCAGCAACUGGAGACCAAUUUGAGAAACUUCGCACAGAUUAUUGAAGCAGAUGAAGUUCUUCUGUUUGAGAGAGCCACUUUCCUGGUGAUCUCACACUAUCAGUGCAAAGAGCAGCGUGACGCACAUCGGUUUGAAAAGAUUAGCAACAUUAUCAAACAGUUUAAACUCAGUUGCAGUAAACUCGCAGCUUCGUUCCAAAAUCCCUCCAUCCCCUCUGCAGCGACGCUCAUCAACAUCCGGAACGCUAGGAAACACUUUGAGAAGCUGGAGCGGGUGGAUGGCCCCAAACACAGCCUGCAUAUGCGAAUGCGUUAG